AUGGUACGUAUGAAUGUACUUGCAGAUGCUUUAAAACGCAUAAAUAAUGCUGAAAAACGUGGAAAACGUCAAGUUAUUCUUAGACCAUCAUCUAAGGUCAUUAUAAAAUUCUUAACUGUUAUGAUGAAACAUGGAUAUAUUGGUGAAUUUGAAGUUAUUGAUGAUCAUCGUGCUGGAAAAAUUGUUGUUAAUCUUACUGGAAGAAUUAACAAAUGUUCUGUUGUUUCACCAAGAUUUGAUAUUGCUCACAAAGAUAUGGAAAGAUGGACAACAACUCUUCUUCCAUCUCGUCAAUUUGGAUAUUUUGUUCUCACCACUUCAGCUGGAAUUAUGGAUCAUGAAGAGGCAAGAAGAAAACAUGUUGGAGGAAAAAUUCUAGGAUUUUUCUUUUAA